AUGGGGAACUCGGAGAGCCAGUACACAUUCCAGGGCGCCAAGCACCAGGGCCACGCGGUGCCCGGCGCCAAGCCGAAGCCGUGCUCCCUGAAGAUCCGCAGCAUCCACGCCAAGGACGACAAGUCCCCGCUCGGCUGGGCCCCCGGGGGCAGCGCGGGCUACAAGUCGCGCUCGCUGGCCCGCAGCUGCCUGUCCCACUUCAAGAGCGGCCAGCCCUACGCCCCGCGGCCCGGCCCGGCCGGCAAGGCCCCCAAGGGCGGCGCCCCCGCCAAGCCGCGGCCCAUCGGCGGCCCCGGGGCCGAGAACGGCUUCCGCGGCCCCCGCCUCGCCGGCCCGGAGCCCGAGGGGAGCCACGCGGCCGCCAGGGACCGCCCCGGGGGCCGCCUGCUGCGCUGCUACGCGGGCACCGAGGGCACCGCGUCCACCGCGUCCACCGCGUCCACGCCGCCCGCCGAGGACCCGCGGAGCCCCCGCGUGCUCAUCAGGACGCUGGGCAGGCUGGACGGCUGCCUCCGCGUGGAGUUCCACAGCGGGGCCGGCCCCCCGAGGGCGCCCCCCGAGGCCGCGGCCGCGGGCGGGCCGGUGCGGCUGCUGCGCUACUCGCCCGGCGCCCCGGGCCCCCGCGCGCCCAGCCCGCGCCCCUCGCCCGCGCGCUCCCGCCCGCGCUCCAGCAAGGGCAGCUCCUCCCCGAGCUCCGAGUCCUCCUGGUACGACUCGCCCUGGGGCCAGGCGGAGGGCAGCGAGGCCGAGGGCCCGUCCCCGGCGCCCAGCCUGCCCGCCGGCUCCCCGCCCCGGGGCGCCCCGCAGCCCUUCCCGCAGAGCGCGUCCCUGUCCUCGCUGCGGGACCUCCCCGGGCGCGCCCGCCUCUCGCAGGAGGACCUCAGCCGCCGCGUGUCCUUCGCCUCCGACAUGGACGUGCUGGCCCGCGGCGGGCGCGGGGAGCCCGGCCCGUACGCGUCCUUCACGCUGCCCUGCAGGAGGUCCAAGGCGCUGGCCGAGGACGCCGCGGCCAAGAAGGACACGCUGAAGGCCAGGAUGCGCCGCCUCAGCGACUGGACCGGGAGCCUGUCCCGCAAGAAGCGGAAGCUGCAGGAGCCGAGGUCCAAGGAGGGCAGCGACUACUUCGACAGCCGCUCGGACGGCCUGAACGCGGACGGCCCGGGGCCCCUCCCGGCGCUGUGGGCGGGGGGCUCGGCGCAGCUCCUGGCCCAGAGGAGCGAGUCCGCUCACGCCCUCGGCGGCGACCCGCUGCGCCAGGACAUCUACGAGAACUUCAUGCGGGAGCUGGAGGGCGGCCGGGCCCACGCGGAGCACGCGGACACGUCCACGGACACGGCCGAGUCCAGCAGCGGGUCGCUCAGCUCGCUGGAGCAGCUGGACCUGCUCUUCGAGAAGGAGCAGGGGGUGGUGCGCAAGGCCGGCUGGCUCUUCUUCAAGCCCCUGGUCACGCUGCAGAAGGAGAAGAAGCUGGAGCUGGUGGCCCGGAGGAGGUGGAAGCAGUACUGGGUGACGCUGAAAGGCUGCACGCUGCUCUUCUACGAGACCUACGGCAAGAACUGCCUGGACCAGAGCGGCGCGCCCCGCUGCGCCCUGUUCGCCGAGGACAGCGUCGUGCAGGCCGUGCCCGAGCACCCCAAGAAGGAGAACGUGUUCUGCCUCAGCAACGCCUUCGGGGACGUCUACCUGUUCCAGGCCACCAGCCAGACGGACCUGGAAAACUGGGUCACCGCCAUCCACUCGGCCUGCGCAUCCCUCUUCGCCAAGAAGCGAGGCAAGGAGGACACGGUGCGGCUGCUGAAGGCCCAGACCCGGAGCCUGGCGCAGAAGAUCGACAUGGACAGCAAGAUGAAGAAGAUGGCCGAGCUGCAGCUGUCCGUGGUCAGCGACCCCAAGAACAGGAAAGCCAUCGAGAACCAGAUCCAGCAGUGGGAGCAGAACCUGGAGCGGUUCCACAUGGAGCUGUUCCGGAUGCGCUGCUACCUGGCCAGCCUGCAGGGCGGCGAGCUGCCCAACCCCAAGAGCCUCCUGGCCGCCGCCAGCCGCCCCUCCAAGCUGGCCCUGGGCCGGCUGGGCAUCCUGUCCGUCUCCUCCUUCCACGCCCUGGUGUGUUCUCGAGACGACUCUGCUUUCCGCAAGCGAACGCUCUCGCUGACCCAGCGAGGAAGGAGCAAGAAGGGCCUGUUUUCCUCUCUGAAAGGGCUGGACACGCUGGCGAGGAGAGGGAAGGAGAAGCGGCCCUCCCUCACUCAGGUGGACGAGCUUCUGCACACGUGCGGCUCAGCAGUGGACGGUGCUCCCCGAGACCCCCCGUGGGAAGCCCAGACCUACAUUCACUUCCAGGACAGCCAGGGCGUUACCGUGGCGAUCAAGCCGGACCACAGAGUGGAGGACAUCCUGACCUUGGCGUGCAAGAUGAGGCAGGUGGAACCCAGCCACUAUGGCCUGCAGCUCCGGAAACUGGUGGAUGAAAACAUCGAAUACUGCAUCCCUGCACCCUACGAGUUCCUGCAGGAACAGGUUUAUGACGAAAUCGAAGUCUUCCCGCUGAAUGUGUAUGACGUGCAGCUCACGAAGCCCGGGAGUGCGUCUGACUUCGGGUUCGCGGUGACCGCACAGGUGGACGAGCACCAGCAUCUCAGCCGGAUCUUCAUCAGCGAUGUCCUCCCCGACGGCCUGGCGUACGGAGAAGGACUGAGGAAGGGCAACGAGAUCAUGACCUUGAACGGGGAAGCGGUGUCUGACCUUGACCUGAAGCAGAUGGAGGCCCUGUUCUCAGAGAAGAGCGUGGGGCUCACGCUGAUCGGCCGGCCGCCGGGCACCAAGGGGACCCUGUGCCCCUCCUGGUCGGACAGUGACCUCUUCUCCAGGGACCAGCAGGGCCCGCUGCCCCCUCCCAACCAGUCCCAGCUGCUGGAGGAGUUCCUGGACAACUUCAGGAAGGACACGGCGAGCGAUUUCAGCAAUGUCCCCGACAUCACCACCGGCCUGAAGAGGAGCCAGACGGAUGGCACGCUGGAUCAGGCUUCCCACAGGGAGAAGAUGGAGCAGACGUUCAGGAGUGCGGAACAGAUCGCCACGCUGUGCAGGAGUUUUAACGCCACCCAGCCUGGCAGCAUGGAAGGACCGCGGGAGGGCCAGGCCCCACCUCCACGGCCCCUGGCCCGCCACCUGUCGGAUGCGGAUCGCCUCCGAAAAGUCAUCCAGGAGCUGGUGGACACAGAGAAGUCCUACGUGAAGGAUCUGAGCUGCCUCUUUGAAUUAUACUUGGAGCCGCUUCAAAAUGAGACGUUUCUUACCCAAGACGAGAUGGAGUCGCUCUUCGGAAGUCUGCCAGAGAUGCUGGAAUUCCAGAAGGUGUUUCUGGAGACGCUGGAGGAUGGCAUUUCGGCGGCGGCUGACUUUAACGUACUUGAAACCCCCUCGCAGUUUAGGAAACUACUGUUCUCCCUGGGAGGCUCUUUCCUUUACUAUGCCGACCACUUCAAGCUGUACAGCGGAUUCUGUGCUAAUCACAUCAAAGUGCAGAAGGUUCUGGAGCGAGCCAAAACUGACAACGCUUUCAAGGCCUUCCUGGAUGCCCGGAACCCCACCAAGCAGCACUCGUCCACGCUGGAGUCCUACCUCAUCAAGCCUGUGCAGAGGGUGCUCAAGUACCCGCUGCUGCUCAGGGAGCUGGUGUCCCUGACGGACCACGACAGUGAGGAGCACUACCACCUGACAGAAGCGCUGAAAGCAAUGGAAAAGGUAGCGAGCCACAUCAAUGAGAUGCAGAAGAUUUAUGAGGAUUACGGGACCGUGUUUGACCAGCUGGUCGCGGAGCAGAGCGGCACCGAGAGGGAGGUGACAGAGCUUUCCAUGGGGGAGCUUCUGCUGCACUCGCCCGUGGCCUGGCUGAACCCGUUUCUGUCUCUAGGAAAGGCCAGGAAGGACCUUGAGCUCACAGUGUUUGUUUUUAAGAGAGCUGUCAUACUGGUUUAUAAAGAAAACUGCAAACUGAAAAAGAAAUUGCCCUCCAACGCCCGGCCUGCACACAGCUCUGCUGACUUGGACCCGUUUAAGUUUCGCUGGCUGAUCCCCAUAUCCGCACUUCAAGUCAGACUGGGGAACGCAGCAGGAACAGAAAACUCUUCCAUCUGGGAGCUGAUCCACACCAAGUCAGAAACAGAGGGGCGGCCGGAAACCGUCUUCCAGCUGUGCUGCAGUGACAGCGAAAGCAAAACCAGCAUCGUCAAGGUGAUCCGAUCCAUCCUGAGGGAGAACUUCAGGCGGCACAUAAAGAGCGAACUCCCCCCAGAGAGAGCGAGCAAGGACCGCCUGGUGCCCCUUAAGAACCGCGUUCCUGUCUCAGCCAAGUUAGCUUCGUGCAGGUCCCUGAAAGUCCUCAGGAACUCCUCCCGCAGCGAGUGGCCGGGGGAGCCGGGCCAGGGCAGCUCGCUGGACUCCGACGACUGCAGCCUGAGCAGCAGCACGCAGAGCAGCGGCUGCCAGCCGGCGGGGGGCGGGCAGGACACCCCGAAACACCCCCAAACAAGCCUGCCGGACUUUCCGGACAGUCUCAUCAAAGAGAGUGACAUUCUGAGCGACGAGGAGGAGGACGACUACCAGCAGACCCUGAGGCUGGGCAGCCCCACCAAAGACAUAGAAAUCCAGUUCCAGAGGCUGAGGAUCUCCGAGGACCCGGAUGCUUCCCCUGAGGAGCAGCAGCCGGGCUCCGAUGGCCGGCCACCAGGGGAGCAGCCCAAACUGGUCCGGGGACACUUCUGUGCCAUCAAACGGAAAGCCAACAGCACCAGAAGGGAGAGGGGAACUCUGCUAAAGGCGCAGACGCGCCACCAGUCCCUCGACAGCCACUCUGAAAGUGCCAACCUUGACCUCAACUCCGUGCUCGAGCGAGAGUUCAGCGUCCAGAGCCUGACGUCGGUGGUCAGCGAGCAGUGCUUCUAUGAGACGGAGAGUCCCGGGGACUCCUAG